AUGAGGAUCUUGAUGAGUUGAAGUCACUAAUGGAAUGCCCACAGGGUGCUAAGAAGAUGAGGUUCCUGAUCUUAGAGCAGAAGUUCCUGGAACUUCUUGAGGAUGGGUCCAUCAUCGAAGCAUUAGACUGCCUCCGGAAGGAACUCACUCCACUCAAAUAUAAUACAGAUCGGGUCCAUGUACUUAGCGGGUUCUUAAUGUGCUCCAAUAAAGAUGAGCUGAGAGAGAAAGCUAGCUGGGCUGGUAAAGGACCAGAAUCCAGAGGUAAACUUAUGGAGCAGCUUCAAUCUUUCUUGCCGGCAUCAGUGAUGCUACCUCCCCGUCGCCUCUAUACUUUACUUGGUCAAGCCGUCGACCUCCAGAAGACAAGGUGUCCUUUCCACAACACCAGGCUAGGGGAAGAAUCCCUCCAGAAUAUGUCCUUACUGUUUGAUCAUGUGUGUAAUAGGAAUCAGUUUCCCUCCAAGACUCAUCAGGUAUUACAUGAUCACUGUGAUGAGGUCUGGUACUGUAAGUUCUCACCGGACGGCACCAAACUAGCUACAGGGUCUAAGGAUAUGACAGUCAUUGUAUGGGAUGUUAUCAAGGAAACGUUAGAAAUCAAGAGGAAAAAGACAUUUGAGGGGCAUGCGUUUGGUGUGUCUUUCUUAGCUUGGAGUCCAGAUAGUCGAUACCUCAUUGUUUGUGGACCUGAAGAUUCAUCAGAACUAUGGGUCUGGAAUGCAGAGACAGGGGAAGUAAAAACAAAGAUGAGUCAGUCACCAGAAGACUGCCUGACAAGUGCCUCAUGGAACUCUGACUGUAGGAGGUUUGUGACAGGAGGGACGAGAGGGCAGUUCUACCAGUGUGAUUUGGAUGGCAAUGUUCUAGACACCUGGGAAGGUGUAAGGGUACAGUGUUUAUGUAUGAAGAAGGAUGGUAAGACGGUGCUAGCAGCAGACACACAUCAUCGCAUCAGGGCGUAUAACUUUGAUGAUCUCACAGACCAACAUGUUCUUCAAGAAGAUCACUCUAUCAUGUCCUUCACUAUCAGUUCUAACGAGCGACAGGCCCUGCUCAGUGUGGCUUACCAGGGAGUUCAUUUAUGGGACAUCAAGGACAAGCUGCUCAUUCGCAAGUUUCAGGGUGUCACCCAUGGCUUCUACACAAUACACUCGUGCUUCGGGGGCGUGGAUGAGAAGUUUGUAGCAAGUGGUAGUGAAGAUAAUAAUGUAUAUGUAUGGCACACUAAGAAGGAGUUACCAAUAGCAGUAUUGCAGGGCCACACCAGGACAGUGAACUGUGUUGCCUGGAAUCCUAUUCUUCCUAACAUGCUUGUCUCCGUCUCAGAUGACACCACCAUUAGGGUCUGGGGUCCUGAUGAGUCAUCAGAUACCGAUGGCAGCACAGAAGUUUGACAGGAACCUGAAACUGAAAUGAACUAUAAGACUAUUACAUCCAUAAUGGACAUUCUCUUGGCUGGACUACUUGAGAUUACCAAGUAGAAAAAACUACCUGAUUCCAAUGCAUUGAGAUUGUACUGGAGGGCAAUAUUUUAGCAGAAUGGAAAAAUCUUCAUGUUGGACACUUUUGAGGAUCUGGGGGAAGGUAAUAUGAGAGCGCUGAGGCAGCAGAUUUGUGGAUAAGCAGUUUGAACAUGUCCAGGAUUGCUUGGAAUAGAUGUGUUGAUUCUGGCAUUGUGAUGAUACUGUUGGAACAUUCUCAUUCUGGAAGAGCUUGUAACCUCAUUCACUGUGGCAGGACGAAAACAAAUUUGGAAAAUCUCAGUUUCCUUGGCGGUAGUGUACUUCAGGUUUGAAGUGUUACAGGAGAGUGCACACACCAGGAAUUCAUUUACUUAUUCCUCUGUAACCUUAUGCAGCACCAUGUCCUGUUUCUGUCCCUCGGUCUCGUAAAUUGGCCAUUCUUUUUUUUUGUUUUACAAUUUUCUUUUAUUAUUUCUUGUUCUCUGACAUUUUAUCACUGUGUUAAUUUCCUUUCUCUUUGUACAUUUUUAAGGUUUAGUUAGGAUUCCUGAUUGUGCCAUUUUCAACUCUCUCAUUUUGUUUUUCACUCUCCUUUUUCCUCUCUCUCCAACACUCUUACAUUCUUUUUCCUAAUCCCCUUUUGUCCUUCUCUUUUAUUUUCUUUGGCUCUCUUUGUCUGUCUAUGUUGCUAUAUGUCUUCUCUCUUUCUUCCUGACUAUGUUGUGUUUAGAUGUUGCAUCUGUAACAGAUUGUGGAUUAAAAAAGCAAAAAGUAUAUGAUGAGCGGACAUGUAUCUGUGUCACCAUGUAGGCAUAAACAGUAAUUGCUAUGGAGUUUUCCUCUUUCCAACAGAGACAGGAUACAACUAUUGGGAGAGUCAUUGGUUAAAGAAAAAUAAGAAGUAACCAUUGCAUUUAUGCUGAUGCCUCUAAGACCAUAAGUGUCAAGAUUUUGACUCGUUAUAUGGUGGAAACUAAAUAGAGCUGAAGAUAAAGAACAAAUGGUUUAGUGGUUAAACGCUAUGAUGUGCCAUGGAAGAGUGCUACAUAGUUUUGAACUGAAAAUUGCAUUGGAAGUGGAUAAUUGAAUGGAUGUACAGAAAGAAUUUAGGAGUGCAAUCAAGAUGUAUGUAUGAUAUCUAAAGUUUAAAGAUAGUGAUGUGAACAGGUGAGGAGAUUGGAACACAAAUGUAUUGGGAGAUUAUACUGGAUUAAGUCACUGGUGUGAAUAGGUUAAAGCAGGUAUUGUCCAGGUUUGGACAAGUGUGAACAUUAACGCAGCAACCAUAUUAUUUCCAUAUCAUUGCUUUAGCUUCGUAAUUGGACCUGUGAGAUUAAUCAUCAGCGGGUAAAACAUUGUGAAAAAAUAAAUAUGAAGAAAAAAGCGAAUCAAUUUGAAAUGGUGUGAUCUGGUCCAAAAUGUUAUGAUGGGAGUAAAGAGAACCCUAGCAUUGAUCUAUGGUCUUACUCUUGUAUCAAAUGAAUCAAUGUGUUAGUCAGAAUUGUGGUAACCAAACUUGUGGAUAGAGUGAACUUCUUUGUUGGGACAUAUAAAGAGUCAUUGGGAGCCAAUAAAAUAUGGGGGCAUUCACUUGCAUGACUUGGUUCGAGCAAGUUGCAUUUAAAUUUUUGAUAUGGUAAAUCUUGAUUUGAACUUGUUUGGAUUCGACAAAUAGAAGCAAGCGACAUAUUAAUCAAAAUAUUUUUUUUAAUGAAUUUACAUGUUAUUUUGUUACAAAUUAAUUACUUUCUUCAAUGCAAAAUUUCAUGUAGAGACGUUUGGUUUAUCAUCAUGCUAUAAAUGCAUUGACAUCUAUGAAACUGGCAGCCAUAUUUUAUAUUCUGGAGGGGGGGUUAAAGGAAAUUCACACAUUUGUUACUUGCUUCCUUUUGUCAAAUUAUUUGUAGGACCCCUUGAACUUGCACAUUCCUACUGAAAGAUAAGUGAAAGUUAACGUGUUCACAGCAACACAUAAAACCUAUAAAUUAUAAAAGGAAAUAUUAAUAUCUAAGAAAUUAGUAUACAUUGACCGGUUUGAAGUGGUUGUGACGAGAGUAAACUAAAACCCAUAAAAUCUUCUGAAAUGAAACUACUUAUUUUCUUUAACAAAACAAUGACUUAAAAUAUUGACAAGUAGAUGUAAUGUUAUUGUAGUUUUUAGGAGAAUAAAUAUCUGAAUCUAUUGUAGUUUACUCAAUUGGUAUUACACACAAGUGGUGAUACAUUUUUACAUAAGGAUCGUGAGGGCAUUUUUCUGGUUAAGUAGAAAGUAGAUUCUAUAUUAGAAUAGGGUUUAGUGGCAUAUGCAUUUUUAAUAUUUUAUUUUUUAGAUUUACAGUAUUUGCAUAGAAAUAUCACAUUGGUACAUGAGUAUACUUUUUAUGGAGUGCUACUUUUCAUUUCCACUUGAGAGAACAUUCUUAUUCUACUUUCUGAUGCUGCUGGCAAGCAAUCAAUGUAGGGGCUGUCACACUUAAAUGAUUGAGCAGCAUUUGUAGACAUACGUAUGGCAAGCCGUUUGAAAAUAUUAACCUAUUUCUUGAUAUCAAAUUAACCCUAAAAUGACUAGGCCCCCCUCAACGCUUUGCACUACAUUUCUGGAACGCAAAAAGAAAGCUGCGCAAAAUCUUAUGACUUUUUCCUUUGAAGUCUCGCGCAACUUUUGAGACCAAAUUCGCAACGUAUGGGUACAGCAUCGCGAUGCCAUGUGACUUUUUACGAGGCAAUGUUGUGCCGAAAAUGGCUCAUUUUUAUACUCUUGUGUACAAAGUUUAUGGGAGAUGAAAUUUGAAAAAGGGUGAUUAUGUUUUAUUCUAAUUGGUCUGCUUAAUUAAUUUAGGGUUUAAUUUAGUUGUUAAAUGGGCUGUAAUUAUUUCCAUUGAAAAAAAACAAUGAAAAAUAAAAGAUGAAAAAACAGAGAAAUACAUAAAUUAAAAAAACAAAGAAAUUCACAAGGAAAAAUUUGGCUCUUGCAAUUAUUCUUUGUGGAAACCUUUAAAUAUGAUUACAAAGAUGACGUCUGGAGAAAAAAGAAAAUUUGAAAUGAAGUUGGGUGUUCAAUAUGCAAAUAAAGUUUUUCAAAAAUAAAUUUGAAUAUUUUAUAUAUAAUAAAUAAUUUUUUUUU